AUGAUCCGCGGACUUUCCGUUCUCGUAGCCCUGCGCGGAGCUGCUGCCGCGCCGUGGUGCGCCAAGGAAGGCGUGGCCUACUCGGAAGAUAGUGACUCUGCCAGCAGUGUUCCGAAUGGCGCCUACCUUGCCCGCUCCGAAGAUUGCCAGUGGAGCUGCAAGAUGAAUCCCACUUGCAUCCACUUCACCUGGAAGCAGGACUCUUACCCUGGCGGUGCUUGCUACCUCUUCAACCAGCUGGGGAAAGAAACGGCUGAUCCGAAGGCUGUGAGCGGCCCCAAGGAGUGUGUGAUCCCGGAAGGGGCGAAGGACGCGGCGAAGGCGCCACAAAUUGCUGUGGACCCAACAGCGCCGCCGCCCCUGGCAGACAUUCCGCCAGCGGUGGCAACGGUAACGAUUGCGCCGGCGAUCACGCAAGCUGCCGGAGACAUUGCCGCGGACGUUCAGGCUCAGGCUGACGAGGCCAAAGACCAGAUCAGCCAGCUGGUGGGUGAGAACGCGCAGGCAGCCGCCGAGCAGUUCAAGAAGUCGACGAACGAGAUCCUGGGAUCGGCAACGGAUGAGCUCACCAAGCUGACGGGCAAGAGUGGUCAGGCGGCCGAGCAGUUUCAGACGGAGACGAAGGAACUCCUUGGAGCCAUGGCCAUGAUUUCUGAAGCACUUGCUGGGGUGUAG